AUGCCCGACCCAGCUCUGAACUCGCUCCUCGCGCUCGGCAUCGACAAGCAGAAGGCGGCGUUCGCUCUGCGGGAGCACGGCGGAGAGGUCGAGGCUGCAGCAGACUGGUGCCUCUCGGAAGGCGCAAGCUGGACGCCCGCCUCCCUCCUCGAGACCGCCUUCGCCCCACCACCCGCCGCCGCUCGCCGCUCCCCCUCUCCUCCACCCUCCUCCUCCUCCUCUCGCACCCGCCGCACCGACGACCCCUCGAAACCGCCCGGGUGGAAGCCCGUCCCGCACCGCGCCCUCACGCCGGGCACGCCCGUCCGUAUCACGCUCAAGCAGGACCAAGGCACGGGCGUCACGCAGGAGGGGGUCGUCGCCGAGCGGUUGACGAGGGGAGACCACCCGCGAGGGGUCAAGGUGCGGCUCGAGGACGGGCGCGUCGGGAGGGUCGUGUGUGUCGUCAAGCCGUGA